GCGGCGUUCUACUAUCCUGCGGCUUCCACGACAUCCAAAUUUCCAAAGAACCAAUUCUUGUUGAUAUCGAUGCACUAAGGAUUCUGUUUCCAGACCUUAUGAAGGAUAUCGCUGAGGAUUCUUUGGCCCAGUUGCUUCGUUUUGAAAAAAUAUCAAUUGCAAAAGAUCUCAAGAAAAAGAAAGCCUCCAGCAAUCACAAUAAUCUUAGCAACUUCAGCAAUUCUAACGAUGAUUCCAACAAACCAAUUACUUCUAGUCACGCCGAUAAACUUCAUCAACCAAAUCAGCUAAAUCAAUUUGACUUAACAGGCAAACUAAAUUCUCCAAUUCCCACAGGCGGUAUCUCUAAGACAGCGCUGGCAACAACAACUGCUUUUUCAAACCCUACUGAUGCGAAUGUUUUCAAUACUAAACAAAUCCCUUCAAAUAUCAUCCACAGUUUUCAGUUUAGACCCAAAGACAGAAGGUUGAAAUUAAUCUUCAAAUUGAAAAGCUAUCCUCCAACUUUCUCCAACCAUGCACAUCCAAUCUCCUUCUUAACACCCAAAUCUGAUCAGAAAAAGGGUUUGCCUUAUAUAUUAUCCAUAGACAGAAACUCUCAAAUCUUGAUUAAACUACUUGAACCAAAUUCAAAAAAAUACAAUAUCGACUUACUAGAAAUCAACAUCAGAAACAUGUACUUGACAAGAGGCGAUAUGUGGCAUUUAUCUUCUCUUUUAGUGAACAAUUGUGUUUAUAAAAACCAGCCUUUGAACAAUUCUUCUUUGUUCAGUUCAACAACAAAUGAUAUAAUAAUCAAUUCAAUCUACGUCAACAAUAAAAAGUUUUUCAGUGGUUACGUCGAUCGAAAUACAAAAAUCAUCUUUAGAUCAAAGUCUGCUAGAUUAACUUUUUUGAUUCAAUUAUCAAAUGAAAUGUUUAAUUUCGAAGAAGAUGGCGAGAUAAUGUUCCACAAAGUCAUAAACUCCAUUUUUCCCAAAAUCCUAAAGCAUUGGUCAAGACUAAAAAUAAACCAUUUAAUUACAAUUGUUUUGUUCACAAGUGUAUCUGAUUCAAUCGAUUAUUUAGAUUCAAAUUGGAACAAGCUAACACCUGGUCAAAGAUUAUCCAAAAAUUUAACUAGAGAUUAUUAUAGAGUUGUUGUAGAUCAAAUCAACGUUAUUCAUUGGGACAAAAUCAUGUAUUAUUUACGUUACGAAUUUGCUAAUUUUGCAAAAGACAUAUUAUAUCAACACAAUAAAAAUGACGACAAAUACUAUAUUCGUGGAAAAUUUCUACCAACAAUAAAGGGUAAUCUUUUAGAGGCAAUUAAUUUAAGUACAUCUUUAGUAGCCGACUAUUUUAAAGAUCCAGACUUUAGACACACAACAAAUCAUUUCAUCCUAAUAACCCCAGGCAGUGGUUUGUUCGAUGUUGAUUAUGAGUUAUUCAAAACAACAUCUGAAAGAAUGCUUUCUCUAGAAAACUCCUUUGAUAUUAUCUGUCUCAGUCAACCUCCACUAUACCCAACUCCUUUAUUCAGAUACUCUCUAAAAAAUGAUCUCAUUCAUAGAAUUCCAAGCUGGGUUGAUACUUCAUUUUGGGAAGAUCAAGUUAACUCAAAUGAUAAUGUCUAUAAUAACAACCUCUACAUUUGGAAACCCAGAUGUAAAAUUUAUGAAAUCCAAAUGAUGGGUGUUAUGCAGGAUGAUUUGAAAAAUCUAUUUAUUAAGUUUUCUCAAAAACAAAAAACAAAUUCUUCAAAUGUUAAAUCAGUGGGCUCUUACAUGGAAAAUUACGAUAAUAAUGUAUUUUCCAAUGAUCAAAGUAGUAGUGAGGAUGACUCUUCUACUAAAGGUAAACUAUCACUUUUGCACUCAAAAUACUAUCAACCUCACACAUCUUUAACUAAUAGUGGAUCUUUAUCCUCUGCUUUAAAACAUAACAUAUCAAAGGGGCUACCAACAGCCGAAGAAACAAAGUUCUAUGCUAAAAGUGAAAUUAAAACUCAAAAUUCUAGAGCCUAUCCUUCUUUGAAAAGAAUUUCUCUGCUUGGAUUAAGUUCUUCCAAAAGUACAAUUUCUUCCACUCCUUCCAAUUCUUCUUUUGCUCAUUCUGCUUCUGCUUCAGUCUUGGAUAUAAACGGUGAAUUAGAUAACAAGUCAUUAACAAGAAAUGAAAUAUUAUCAAUUAAGACAUCUUUCUCUAAUAAUGAUCACCCUUCUCGUUCUAAAGAACAUAAAGUCAGUGAACUCAAUAUUAUUAGAUCUCACAAUAGGAAAUAUAACCGAAAUAUCAAUAAUGAAGAACCAUUAACUGGCAAGAAAUCUAUUAAAAAGGACUUGAAUACUGUUGGAAAUUUCAAGCCAAAAAAUUACGUCAGAGUCACUGAAAACUCAAACAAUAAUUUUUCCUCUUUUAACAGGAAGAUUGAUUUUAAAAACGGCUCAUCCAAUGAAGAUUAUCAUCUUGGCACUUUUAUCGAAAACCCUUCUAAGUCAAUUGCUAAACCUAACUCGACUGCUGGGAUAUUUGAAAAUGGAAAAUGGAGCAAUGUUUUUCCCAAAUCUGGAUCGCAAACAAUUAAUAAAGACUCAAUCAAAUGGAAAUCACUAUCAACUCCUGCUGCAUUACCUUUAACUACCAGUAUUUUCCCCACAAAAGAUGCUCUUGAAUUUAAUUAUACAAACGGUUCUUAUGAAGUUAUCUCUUCCAAAAUCAGUUAUAGUGACUUAAUGAGAGAAAUCAUAUACACAAGACUUUCAUUAGGUUUUCAAAUAUGUGAAGGAAAAGCUGUUUCGGAUUUCGAAAACUCAAAUAAUCUUCUAAUCAAAUAUAUUCCAGAUAAACGAUCUUAUAAAACGGAUAUCAUUCCAAAAUCUUCUGUAAUAUAUCUAUCUCUAAACGAUGAAGUUCACAGAAUCAAUGCCGAGGAUUUUGGGUGUGUGGUGAUGAUUUUCCGUAAAAGAAGAAGCCACAACGAAAGUCCUUAUUCAAUUUCCGUUUACAGACCAUACAUUAGAACAAGAUAUGCCCAACAAUACACUCCUUCUACGAUCAAUUCUUUGAAAUCUGAACCAAUAGUUCACGAUUGGAACAGAAUAGAUCAUUAUUUAGCAGGAAAUAGGGAUGAAAUUAAACUCUACCGAGCAAAGUAUGUUAUUUUACCAAUGCAGUAUUCAUUUGAUGAGCAUAAGACGUCAGGUACAAUGAGAUCUCGAUAUCAAUUGAAUGAUUUUAAUCUGGAAGAAAAAACAAUUGAAGGAAUUAGAAAUUUUGUAGCCCAAUUGACAAGAGAAACAUAUAAAACCGUGGAGGAAAAUAGAAAAUUGAAAGAAAAAGAUAAAUUUAACCGAUUUAAAUUGAAACAAGAACUUAUAAGAGAACCAUAUUUCUAUACAGAAUCUCUAGCUGAUUUUAUUUCUGAAAAGUCUAUUUUCGAUAAACUACAAGAAACAAAAGAUCCAAUAGUUAAAAUUCAGAAAAAAUUUACCAAGCAAAUAAGUUUGGUGCAACUUGCUCAAGAGUUACAAAGCGUUAAUGGUGUGAAUUUGAUCAAUCGUACAUGGCAUUUCAAAGUUCAUGCAAAUUGUUUUAUUGCCAGUGAGUUGGUAAACUGGAUGAUUGAGAACAUUGAAGAUAUUUCUACUAGGGAAGAAGCUGUUGCAUUGGGAAAACAGUAUAUGGCCAAAAAAUUAUUUGCUCAUGUUGAAAAAAGAAAUGAAUUUUUGGAUGGUAAUUAUUUCUAUCAAUUGAGGCCAGAAUUUGAAAUCAAGAAUCUUAGAAAAAAAUCAACUUCCUCAGCUGCUACACUAUUAUCCAGUAGCACAAAUCCAAACAAUACUAGUCCUGUGUUUACCAUGCCACCACCAACACCAAGAACAAAUUAUUGGGCAGAACCUGAUACCCCCAACUCAAAUAUCGAACACAAAGCAGAGUAUGCUGAACUAAGCAAAUCAGUGGUUAUUGAUAUGGACCCGGAAGGAACAAAAUCAUACAGGCAAGAGCUAUUGACAGUUCAUUAUGAUAGAGUUCAUAAUCCAGAUCAUUGUUUUCAUCUCAGAAUUGAGUGGUUAAACGCCACUAGCAAAUUAAUUGACAAUAAAAUUUCCAGUUGGGCAAGAAGAUGUGAAAUGAAUAACCUAAGACUAGUUGAGAUUCCAUGGAAUGAGUUGUAUGAAAUUACAAACAAAAAUCCAUUUCACUCAUUUGUCGAUGUUAAAUUAGCUUUGAAUCCUUGGGAAGAUGAGGAGUUCAACGAAAGCAGUUGUGGAACGAUUUUCUCCAGGAACAAAUUCUACUACCAUGGAUAUCUUUUGAACAAAUCCGGGUUUCUAUUAGACAAUCAACCAGCUUCAAUAACAUCCAAAGACCAGAAAAGGUUCAAUAUAAAGUACUCAUGGGGAGUUCCGAGCUAUGUGUACAGCCAAUACGUUCACUUCUCUGGGGCAUAUAUUGCAGAGAUAAUGGACGAGGGCAAUUUGUUUCUAGCACCAAACAACACACACAUUGCAAGAGUGAACUUGGACCGAAAAAGAAUCACCAUAUUCAACUUGUAUAGUGACAGAGCUACGGGCCCACACCUUCCCUCCAGCCAGGAGUCUGACGAUUUUGACUCACAGCAGAUUAUGUUAGACUUCCGUGACGUGUGCCACGACGAGGAAAAGCUCCGUGAGAUAUUCAGAGAGGCAAAAAUG